AUGCUACCGAAAACCCCACCUGGAGGCACCGGCAAAACCCGCAUUAUCGACGCCCUGCGAUGCCUCGCAUGCCGUUGGGGUCGCCCGAAAUGUGUCAUGGCAACGUCGUCCAGCGGUAUUGCAGCGGCAAACUUGAAGGUACAGACGAUGCACAGUUCAGUCCAUCUCGGUAUCAACCAAAUGUGCCUACCACGCCACAUCAUGAAACCGGACGACAAGCUACGUGAUAAGUGGGAUCCGGUAUUGUCACUGCAAAAAGUGAAAGACUGCCUACAGCCGUUUGGGGGACUGAUUGCAGUGUUCAUGUUUGACUUUUUCCAAUUGCUCACUGUACGAGGAAUACCAGUUUUCAAGGUCGCCGACCCGGAAACACCAUACAGCGAAAUGCAGGCUAGAGGAUCUUUACGCUACAGAUCAAUAAACAAAGUCGUCUAUCUAACGCAAAACAUGCGCUUUCUCAUUCAAAUCAUCUCAACAGACAAUGCGUACCACAAACGAAUCAAUGACGCCGCGAUCCGGACUGCCAGCCGCACAUUUCCACCAGAACGCAAAGUAUAUGCCGUGCCAGCACAAUUGCCAGCGACACUGACGCCCGCAAAAAUUGCAAAAAUCACCGACUUGCCAGACAACCAAACAGGCAACAUUCCCGCAUGCCGGUGCGCGUAA